AUGGGCCUUUACGACAUAGUAAUACUGUCAUGGACAUUUUAUCCGUACAACAACAAUGAAUUUCUGGUUCCGCAACCGGCCGUGGAGACUCUAAAAUUCAGGUGAAAUCCAUCGCCGGGCCGGUUAACUUUUGUUUCGCCUGUUUAUUCUCGUCUUCAGAUUGGGAAACGAACACAAUUUCUCACAAAACCUCUUUUUCUGACUUAGUCACGCUGAUCAACGGCCUUCCUUUGGAAAAAUAGCACGACAUCUGCGACUGGAGCCAGAGUUAGCUGGGAUAAGAUCUGUAAACCAAAGCAGGAGGAUGGCCUCGGUUUGAGGAGAUUGGAGGAGUACCAGCUAGUCUUUGAUCUGAAAAGAGUCUGGAACUAUUUCUCCGGUUCAGGUUCUCUUUGGGUAGCCUUGCUGCAUUCAAAUGUUUUCAAUAGAAAGAGUUAUUGGACUACCCCUGAUGCUCAGAGAUUUUCUCCUACGGUGAGAAGUAUGCUUAGGCAAAAAGAGCUGGUUGCGGUUUUCUUAAGAUGUAAUGUAGGCGAUGGCAGGUCAGCAAGCUUUUGGCAUGACUUCUGGAACGAUAUGGGUCCUCUGAUCUCGGCGUUGGGAGAGACAGGACCAAGGGACCUUCGCUUGAGGCUAGAAGCUCGGGUUUGUGAUGCAGUGGCCAAUGGCUUCUGGGCUCUUCCUAAUGCUCGAUCGGACGAGGCGGAAACCUUGCAGAUUGUUCUCACGACCAUGUCUCCACCCUCCAUAGAACGUGGUCCUGACACCUACUUAUGGCGUAAUGGAGUUGGGCACUUUGUGCUUAAGUUCUCUGUUAAAUCAACUUGGGAUUCGGUUAGGGAGUCGGCUCCAGUAGUGACUUGGCACUCUCUCAUCUGGUUCAAGGAGGCUGUUCCUAGAUGUUCCUUUGUCUCUUGGAUGGCUUCUCUCGCAAGGUUGCCUACAAAAUAUAGGCUUAACGAGUGGGGGAUUCAUGUUCCACUGCAGUGUGUUCUUUGUUCUUCAGGAAUUGAGUCCCACCAGCAUUUAUUCUUCCAAUGCUCCUUUGUUGAAGCUCUCUGGUUGCACUACUGUGGGAACUUUGGUCUAUCUGUUCCUUCCUCCAUCAAUGCGGUGGCUUCUCUAUUGUCACUUCCGCUUGUGGUUGCUACUCCAGGCCUUCGGGUUGUGUUGAAGUUACUCUUGCAGGUCGUUGUUUACUGCACUUGGAGGGAGCGGAACGUUCGCGUCUUCCAGCAAGUCUCCACCUCUGUAGCCGCGUUAGAGCUCAUAUUCAUCGCCUCCUUCGAGACCGUCUCAUCUCUGCUCAACCUCCAUCUCCAACCUCAACCCUACUGCAAGUGUAUCUCUCUCUUCUUCCCUCUGGUCUGUAGCGUGUUUAUUUUUGCUCUUUGUCCUGUUGUCUUUCUUUCCUCUUGUUCUGUUCUCUGUUUCCUCUGUAGUUCUUUCUUCUAAUAAGUGGUUAUCCACAACUCUUGUAAACUGAAAAGCUUGGUAUGAAUUUAACAUGUUCACCAAAAAAAAAAAGAA